UUGGACAAGCACGAGAGCGUGGAUUGGGACAGCAUCGCGGGCUUGGAGCACCCGAAAGCGGCGGUACAAGAGCUCGCGGUGUGGCCGAUGAUGAAUCCAGAAUUGUUCGUAGGCGCACGUGCUGUGCCAAAAGGCUUGCUCCUCUUUGGUCCGCCCGGUACUGGUAAGACUUUGAUCGGUCGCGCCGUUGCGAGUCAGUGCGGCGCGACGUUCUUCUCGAUCUCUGCCUCGAGUUUGACGAGUAAGUGGAUUGGUGAAGGCGAAAAAAUGGUUCGUGCGCUCUUCGCCGUCGCUCGUCACCUAUCUCCCGCCGUGAUUUUCGUGGACGAGAUCGAUUCAUUGCUCUCCGCUCGUAAAUCGGACGGCGAGCACGAGAGCUCGCGUCGCAUGAAGACGGAAUUUUUAGUACAAAUGGACGGUUUAGGCGGCGGUGAGAACGACAGAUUGUUGCUCAUCGGAGCGACGAAUAGGCCGCAAGAGCUCGAUGAUGGCGCUCGACGGCGCAUGCCUAAGCAGCUGUACAUCCCUCUUCCGUGCGCCGCCGCGAGGCGGGACAUGGUUCUUCGUACGCUCAGCUCUGGCAAAGGCGUCGCGCACAACCUCACCGAUGCCGACUUGGAUUUAAUUUGCGAGAAAACUGACGGCUACUCGGGAUCUGACAUGAAACAUCUCAUCCAAGAAGCCGCGAGAGCGCCCGUUCGUGAGACGUUUCAAAAGACAAAGGACGUUCAAGGUCCGCUCUCGCCAAGUACUCUCAGACCCAUCGUAUUGGCCGACAUUCGCCGCGCCGCUAAGCAAGUGCGCCCUUCUGUGACGAGAGCAGACGUUGAAUUCCAUGAAGAAUGGAACAAAAAUCACGGCGCACUCACG